AGUGAAGCAAUUAGGCAUCGGUCCGAGUGCGUGAAAGUCUUUGAAAUAAACAAAUCCGAGUUUUGAGUGAAUUUCACGGAACUUAUUCAUCGGUUUAGCGAAAGCCUGUCAACCAUGACCGGGGAAUUACCAAAAUUUUUACGCAUUUCACUCACAAUUGUAGCAAAUGACGCAUUUACAAUAAAUUACCCUAAUCCAAACUAAAUAAAUAGUAAAUAAUACAAAUAUUACAACAAAAGUUUCUGGUGUUUUGAUUCUGGAAGCCAAUGAGUCAACUUUUAGAUAACUCAUUAUUUAAACGUGUAAUUUGUAUUGCAUAAGUGAGACACUAGUCAGUAGUGCUAUAUUUUAGAUGUCUCCCUUUGCUGCAUUCACAGACUAUUACAACAGACCUACCGCAAGACCACGAGCAAGACCACACAUCAGUGAUACAUCUACCAGAAAUCAAUAUUCAGAAACCACAAAUGAAACAAUUGCGCAAAUGCACUUAGAGGCAAGAAGCUCAAGCAGUCGACAACAAGGAGAAGACACUCCAAUUGUGUAUCCUGAAAAACCGACUUGCGACCACGGCCUAUGCUACAACGUUGCCGGUUACCCAAAAGAACAAAUUAAAAAAAUCCUAAGUAGAUCUCACGACAUGAACGGAUAUUUUGAAACAAGUGAAGAAGUCGUAAAUUUAGAUAAUAGAUUUAAUACAGACGAAAUGUCACUGUGUGAAACAACAGUUCAUACAAUCUAUCCYGAGAAAGCCAACAAUACUAAGAAAGUGGAAAAGGUGAUUGUCAAUGUGGAAGGGCACAAACAAGGAAUUGUAUUUGAAACGUGCGUGAAUAAUGGAAAAUGUAAAUUCAGCAGCAAUUUUCCGACAGGGUACACCUCUUAUUGUAAGCAAAAGUAUAUCCACAAGAGAUUGAUGGUUUUAGGGGACGACGACAAGUUCGUGUUUGACCUAUUCGAAGUUCCGUCGUGUUGUGUUUGUACAGUUAGCAGAACUAAUUAAAAAUCAUAUUUAUACAAGAUUAUAUGUAGUGUAGCUAUCAGCUGAGCUGCGUAUUUAUAUUAAAUUGCCGUUUAGCACUGCAACAGAAUUUCCUUUAAAAUUAAUGUGAUAAUUGUUUUGUAUAAUUAAUUACAGAAAAUUUACAAAAUGUGUGUUAAGUAAAUGUAUUUAUUCUCAACUGUUGUAAAAACAAUAAAGCGCUAGUAAUAAACCUA